AUGGUGGAUGAAAUUGUUGCCAAAACCGCGCAGCCGGACGAAAAGGAGAGGGAAGGCAGUUGCCUGGGUGUGUUCGGCCGCUCCUUCCUGCAGGCCGUUUGCGCCUCGGUUCCCUUCAAGAACGUGCUGUUUGGACAGUACUGCCAAACUACGGAGCCGAAGGACGAUGCCAUGGAGGAGGUGGACUACGAGUCGGCCGACGAACAACCGGAAGUGCAUGAGCCCCUAGCGGUUGAGGAUGCAGAGCGGGAAUGCCAGAUUCCAGAGCUGCUGCAGAAUAACAAAGUGCAACGUGAGGAACCGGGGGCGUGUGAAGCAGUGUCUGUAACAGAGCCGCAACCGGUGCAGCUGUCGAUAGACUUGCCGAACAGGGACGUGGACACUGAAGGUGUUACCAAGGCGAAGUACAGCUUUAGCAAGUCGCGCACGAUUACCUUGGAGGAGUACCCGCGUGAUGAAAAGCUGGCGCAGAGGGCGGUGGAGAUAUUCGUUGAAAACUCCAUAUCCUUCGCCAAAAGUGCAAUCGAAGACAGCAAGGUCAUACUCGCCGAUAAGAUCAUUUGCCAGAUGCUACAAAAGGUGCAUGAGAUAUAUGGGGAUCCGAAAGCGUACGAGCUGGAAAAGGCGCAUCCGUUGGUCAACGUGAUGGAGAGGUUGCCGGAGAAGACUCCUGAGACUGUGCGCAGCGCGAUUGAAACUGUAGCCAAUGAUAAGAUCUUCAUGACCAACGUGGCGGAGAAACUGUUGGUGCUCGAUAUCUUCAACAAGUUCAACAUGGUGUACAUGAAGACGCAUAUCAUAAACUACAGGCAGCACUUCAUUUCGAAGCUAUGGCCUUCUGCGCUCGAAACCGCCAGCUACGAACUCAAGAGUCCAAGGUGCCCAUCCGCGCUUGCAACGGAGCGUCCGUCCAACGAUGUGGAGUACAUCAAGUUGACGGGUGAGGAGCAGCUGCAAACAGCCCGCGAAGAGCCUGAGGUGCACCGCUCCACUCCCGCCAAACAGGUGGUGGUGAUUGCAGCCGAGAAAAGGCAGCCAAAGGCUGAGAAUGGUGGUGAAAGCAAACCCAAACAACUGAAAACAUCACGAUAUUUCUCCUAUGCUUCGAGGUUCAUGUCGAGGAAGAACACCAUGUUCGGACAGCACUUCGGCAAGAACAAGGUCAAAACCGCCGACGGGUGGAUUGUGUCGCCUUACGGCUCGCUGGAGACUUUCUACAGGUUCGAGUCAAAUGGCUCUGUCUCCGUCAAGGUUAGGGGGAAGCUCGCGACGGAUCUUUUGCGAGUGCUUUGUGUCAUCAACGAGACCGACCUUUCCGCUGUCUGGGUGCCAUUCCUCAAGGAAGCGAAGGAAGUUCACGUUUAUUCCAGAACGACCAAGCUUUACAGUCAGACAUACGAGUACCCUGUAAUUGGUGCCAAACAGACAAGCGUCUUUGGUCUGGCUGUCAAUGCGCUGGACGAGUUCGGUUGCUUCAUCCUGGCGUGCAGAGCACCGCCGGAGUCGCCGCAGGACGUCAAGCAACUCGAAGGUAUAUUAAAAGAGGGCGGAAUAGAGGACACUUCGCCCUUUGUCUCCUGCAAAGAUGGAAUCUGUCAACUUAUGGGAGUCGACAUCGCGCCGAUGCCACCGAAGACCAGGCAAAGGUCUGGCGAUCUCUGCUUCCUUGUAUACCCCAUGAAGAACCACACCCUCGUCGAACUCAACGCCAACAUCAUCCCUGAAGUGAGGCUGGUGCCCGCGAGGGUGGUUACGUACAUUAUCAAGAAGGUAGUCGUCAACAUCUUCCAAAAGAUUGCUCAAAUCAGCAAGAACUUCCACCAGACGCCAUUUGCUGAGCGCAUCGAGCAAAACAAGGAAUUCUACGACUGGGUCGCCAAGUUGCACGACAAGUACGUCGGGAGGGGUGACCGACAAAAUUGUAAAGUUAGCAUAUGCACCUACGACACAAAUCUCAACGAACCAUGA